UAUACACAUAUUUUAUUUUACUUUAUUCUUUAAAAAAAAAUGGUCAGAGUUUCCGUCUUGAACGAUUGUUUGAACAAUAUCAACAAUGCUGAAAAGCGUGGUAAGAGACAAGUUCUCGUUCGUCCUUCUUCUAAGGUUAUUGUCAAGUUCUUGACUGUUAUGCAAAAGCAUGGUUAUAUUGGUGAAUUUGAACUUAUUGAUGACCAUCGUUCUGGUAAAAUCGUGAUCCAACUUCUUGGCCGCAUCAAUAAAUGUGGUGUCAUUUCUCCUCGUUUCAAUAUUAAACUUACUGAACUCGAGAAAUGGACUGCUAACUUAUUACCUGCCCGUCAAUUUGGUUACUUGGUCUUGACCACCUCUGCUGGUAUUAUGGAUCACGAAGAAGCUCGUCAAAAGCAUGCUGGUGGUAAGAUCCUUGGUUUCUUCUACUAAGAGGGAGGAUUUUUUUUCAUUUAUUAGCUAGUCCCAUUUUUCUUAAUAUCAUACCAAACUUUUUUUUUUUUUUAUAAAAAAA